AUGGCAAUGAAAAUGUUUUAUAGAGGUCCAAGCUCACGCUUAGAGACUUUAAUUGAGAAAAUUCAAAAGAAUAAUAAUACGGAUUCGCCGCCAGAAUCUUAUUCGACGCACACCUCCUGCAGUUUUUCGCCUUCGAUCGCGGAUAGCGACAAUGGAGGCAUCGCAACGCCCAAUUCGAGUGUCAAUGAUGCUUCAAAAACUCCAGCAGCAGCAGGUGACGACGCGAAAAAUCCAACAGAGACAAAAUCUGACAACAACACGGAACAACAUGGCAAGCAUAAAAACAACGAAAGUCGUCAUCAGUACAAUCACCAUCAUCAUCAUCAUCAUCACAAGAACGGUUGCACGAAAACCGGCAAAUGCAGUAGCAACGCAGCAGCAAACCACACGGGAACGUAUAAUUGUCAAUUUUGUGAUAAGACAUUUCCGCGUCUCGGAUACUUGAAGAAGCACGAACAGAGCCAUGCUGAUCAUAUGCCCUUCCAAUGCGAAUAUUGCAAGCGACUUUUCAAGCAUAAAAGAUCUCGAGAUCGUCAUACGAAGCUUCACACGGGCGAUCGACGAUACAAAUGUCUUCAUUGUGAAGCUGCUUUUAGUCGAAGUGAUCAUUUAAAAAUUCACAUGAAAACGCAUGACAAUCAGAAACCCUUUCAAUGUACCGUUUGUAAUCGUGGUUACAACACCGCCGCCGCACUUACGUCUCACAUGCAAAACCACAAGAAGCAAAUCGCCCUAACGGGCAGUCCAACAUUGACUUAUAGCUCACGUUACAGUCCCCGUUCGACGGGAUCUGCUUCAAGUAUCACGAGUGUUACGCCCAAACGUCGUCCCGAAUCAGUUGGAGCGACGCCAAUUAAAUCUCCGCUCGAUUUCAUGAACUUCCCCAAGUCUUCGAACGGGUUUUCGUGUCUCUACUGCACCAAAUCUGACUUUUUGAGUCUCGACCAACUACAUUCGCACAUCCAAUCGAUGCACGGAGGUCCCAUGAAGACAAAUUUAUCGUCGCCCGCGAGCAUCGGAAGUCCCAUUCCGUUCCAAAUUCAAUGCGAAUUUUGCACGAUCAAGUGUGCCAACAUGCAAGCGUUGUUCAAUCACAUGCGAAGUACCCAUCUGGACAAAAUUCAAAGCCCAAAUGCGUAUUUGGAGCAAUUUAAGACAAUGUAUCCGUACAGUCCUCGUUUACGGGUGCAAAAUGGGCAAGAUGACACCCCAUCAACGCCCGUUAUUAAAGAAGAAGCCAAAAAUUCACCCGAAAACAUCAAGAUCGAGGAACAAGAUGACGACGAAGAACAAACAUCUCCCACAGAUUUGAGUCAACCAAAGGCGAAAAAGCCCAAAUUAGACGUCAGCAACGAAAAAGAUCAAUCUCCGAAUUCGAAUGAAAUGCGUCCCGGGACAUUUUUGUGCAACCAAUGUAACGCAGCAUUGCCUAAUUUUGAGUCGUUUCGAGCACAUUUGAAGUCCCAUUUGGACAAUGGAGGCUCGUCAUUCGUGUGUCAAACAUGCGGAAGUUCGUUUGCCGAUCAAAUCGAGUACGAGAGACACGUAAUUUCGCAUUUUUUGGUUCAGGCAUCGGAAUUUUGUUGUACUCCGCAAUGCAAUAAGACGUACAAUAAGCCUGACGACUUGCAGAAACACUUGAUUGACAUGCAUGCACAAACUUUGUACAAAUGUAGUUUGUGUUCGGAGAUAUUUGAGACGAAAGUAGCUAUUCAAGUACAUUUUGCAGUGGCUCAUUCCAACGAAACGAAGAUUUUUAGAUGUUCUGCGUGUUCGGAUAGCUUUAAAAAUGACAGAGAUUUUAGACAUCAUAUCCGUACAAGACACAUCAAUCCAGGAGCUGUUCAAUGCGUGUUUUGUCGUGUUGUUUGCGCUUCGGAGCUCGAAAUGCAUUUUCAUCUUGCUGCUCAUGCAAAACAAUACAAAUGCCCUGCUUGUCCCGAAUCAUUUCACGUUGAAUUUUUGCUCGAUCGUCACAUGCAAACGCAUCAUGCUGCUGAUCAAAAGUCUCCCAUUAACAACAAUACCAUCGACUAUCAUUCCCAAUACCCGUUAAAAUCUCCUUUUUACAACUUUGGUGCAUCGAAAUUCUAUAAUCCGUUGCAAGUUGACACUUUGGGCAUCAAACAUCCGAGUCAUUUGUUCCAAGGAUUGUACGAUUCGAUGGCAAAAUCGCAACGUUUCAUGGAUCAACAGCAGAAAUCGUACUUGAGUCCCAAUAAAGCGUCAAUUCCGGGCUUUAAUCCUGCUCGUCCCGGAACAAACACAACAUAUUCGCCCGAAAAUGGAACCCGCCCGGAACUUUAUUCGCCAAAAAAUGCAGGAAUUUAUUCUCCGCUCAACAGAUUUAUCGCUACAACGCCCGAAAUCAACAAAAAUUCGAUGCCUCCGGCGAGAAACGAAGCGAAAAUGUACAGUUGCGGGAUUUGCGAAAGAAGCGAUUUCAGUACAGAAGCUGAGGUUCACACACAUCGCAAGAUUUCGCACAAUUUGAAGACCGGAGUGAGUCUCAGAUGUGCUUAUUGUAACGGAGAUUUUCGUUCAAGAACUGAGCUCGAAAACCAUAUGAAAGUCGCUCACAACACUUCCGGCAAACACAAAUGUCUCAUUUGUGACGAAAUUUUCCCGUCGCCCGCGGUUUUAGCUGAACAUAAACUCACCCAUUGCAAAGUUGGCAAUUCGGGACGUUGUUCGCACUGUUCUGCGGCAAUUGAUGACAUCACAGCGUUCAAAACGCACUUGGCAGAGCACAGCGGACAAGAAAUCCCGAUUCAAUGUAUUUGUUGUCGACAAACUUUGCAUUCGGAAUUCGAGAUUAGUUUACAUGCGAGAUUUCAUACAAAAACAGCAGAAACGAGCGAACACACAUGCGCUUUGUGUCUCGAUCCGAUUCCCUCGACAUCCGACAAGAAAAUUUGCGAAACUUGUUUGAAAAAACACAAUUUUUCCGCAACGAAAAUUCUUCCGCCUCAUCCUUUCAGACCGUUGCGACGUUCAUCGCACGACACCGCAUCAACUCCCGCCAAUCCCGCGGAUUUCGAGUGUAAUUUGUGCAAAAAAUCUCUCGUUUCGGAGGCAAAACUACGCGAACAUUUGGUCGAACACACUUUCGCCGGUUGCGAAGAUCGCGGAUUCAUUUGUUACAUUUGCUCCUCCGUCUUUACCGGUCCCAGCGGAUUGUUGUCGCACAUGGAAGACAUUCACGGCAGCAACGCCAAACCUUACGAUUGUUCUCGAUGCGCCGCAAAAUUCUUUUUCCGCGCUGAACUCGAUCAUCAUGCCGUGAUGCACGAACCGCUCGCGAAAGAAAUUGAAAAACCGUCGAUUCACGAACCGGAAAUCAGCGUGCGAGAGGGAUCCGUGUCUCCAAACAUCAAAAAAGAAGUUAAUGGCGAGUCGGAGGACGAAGAAGAAGAGGAAUAUAUUGAAGUCGAAGAACCAAGAACAGAAACUUACAAGCAGGAAAAUGGCGAAAGUCCUUCGAAAGAGGAAGAAGAGAAAAAUAAUGAAGAAAAAUAAUUGUUUGUAGACGAAAUUUAUGUCUUAGAAUUAAAUAAAAAAGUAGUGAUCGAAUCAAAUUCAGAAAAAAAUUGCAAAAAAAAAGUUAGAAUAGAAAAUUA